CACCACCAGCCCACUACCAACACAUCAGUGUGGUUGCGGCGACGGAUGGGAGAGGUGUGCUGUAUUAUUUCUCGAAAAGUACCGUCUCGAUCCCUAAAAUCCGCAAUUAACUUGUUGCCAGUCGAGAUAUGGGAAAUAAGUGUGUCAUUUUCCCGUGAUAUGAAGAUAUAUAUGGAGGUGGUAUUAUUUAUGUAGAACACGGGAUACCGUGAGAUCGUUGACAUUACCGGAGGUGGCUGUGGCCACUUUCGGUCCGUCGUGUCAACCUUCUGCUGAUAACUCCCUUUAAAUGCCCGGGUCAUUGUGAGGUGUUUGAGGUGGACAGAACAGCUCCCUCAGCCUGUGUCUUGACCCAAUCUGGCAAGUAACAGCCUUAGUUAAUGCCGGAAACAAGAAGGCUGCACGCUCUCCGUGUGAAUAAAGGAAAUUAUUUGCUAACAACGUUUUGGAAAUGUGAUUGUAAUCCAGCCAAACAUAUUUUGAGAGUAAGAAAUUUUGUGGCGUUUUUCUGACAGAUUGUAAAUUUUCAGAACAGCCUUAAAAGUUUUACAGCACUAACAGUAGCGGUUGGAGGCGUUCAGUAGUAAGAGGUGACUGUAUCGCUGGUGUGGUGAAUGUCUGCGUCAGAUUGCCCACCACCAUCAUCACGUUCACAUAAUGAGGCCCGGGACUCUGUGGUCAAGAAAUAAAACAUAUGACACCUGGAGUAAUAAAGGAGUGACCUUUAAACGUCAGACGUCAUAGAAUAUAACAUUAUUAAGAUAACACUGAAGUGACAGGUUCAGUGUGUGGAGUAAGGCACUAAGCUACCGGACUGCAGAGCGAAGUGAAGGGCUAUAAUGUCUGGCGGGCGUGUGGGAGGCCGACGGCGAGUGGGCGCGCCGAAGGAUGUGCCCGUUGCUUCCGCCAACGGAGUUCCCUCCCCCAGGCAAUAUUCACUGCACGACUUCGAUAUUGUGAAAACUAUUGGUACGGGUACCUUUGGAAGGGUGUGCCUCUGCAGAGAUAAAGUGACAUCACAAUACUUGGCAAUGAAGAUCCUUGCAAUCACUGACGUCAUAAGACUUAAGCAAGUUGAACAUGUCAAGAAUGAAAAGAAUAUCCUCCGUCAGGUCACACACCCAUUCAUAAUAGAAAUGUACUGGCAUUAUAGGGAUGACAGGUUUCUCUACAUGUUGUUUGAAUAUGUGUGUGGUGGGGAGCUCUUUGCCUACCUCAGGAAUGCAGGAAAAUUUCCUCUGUUAUCAGCAACAUUCUAUGCAGCUGAGAUUGUAAGUGCCCUGGAGUACCUUCAUUCCCUCAACAUUGUGUACAGAGACCUCAAACCUGAGAACCUCCUUCUUGAUAAGGAAGGCCAUCUUAAAAUUACUGACUUUGGUUUUGCCAAAAGAUUGACUGACAGAACAUGGACUUUGUGUGGUACUCCUGAAUACCUUGCUCCAGAGAUUAUCCAAAGCAAAGGUCAUAAUAAGGCUGUGGAUUGGUGGGCACUAGGUAUUCUCAUUUAUGAAAUGUUGGCUGGUUACCCUCCAUUCUUUGAUGAGAAUCCAUUUGCCAUAUAUGAAAAGAUUUUGGUAGGAAGGGUGGACUGGCCUCGUCCCAGCCUGGAUGCCACAGCCAAGGAUCUGGUCAAGAAGCUUCUCACUCAGGACCGCACAAAACGUCUUGGAAAUAUGAAGAAUGGAGCGGAUGAUGUAAAGAGGCAUCGAUUCUUCAAAAAUCUUGACUGGGAAGAUGUUUAUGAAAAAAAGUUAAAGCCACCCAUCGUACCUAGAGUGAGUUAUGAGGGAGAUACACGGAACUUUGAUGAUUAUCCAGAAAAUAAUUGGCGAUCAACUCAAGGUGUCUCAGAAAUGGAGUUGGCUGUAUUCAGUGACUUCUAAGUUAUUGUUAUCUUAGAGUUUAAGAUUUAUUCAUUAAUGUUUAUCCUUCUCCAUCAGCUUAUUACUUUUCAGAGGAAAUAUACAUAUUUCCUACAGACAUCAUAUUUCAGUGUGGAAAUAAUGCAUAUUGCUUGGGAUUAGGAGUUAUUGAACUUGCCCAGAUUAUAUAUUAUUCUUUUGAGCAAUAUGUAAUAAGAUAACUAUGUUUAGCAAAAUUCAGUAAUGUGGAUGAUCUACAGUCAGAGACAGAAGUCAUGUCAUGAACUUUGAUCAAAACAUCUAGUGAAAGGAUAUCUUUAUGGUACUGCCUGCUGUGUGUCAUAGGAAUGGUUGAUAGCACUGCCACAAGAUCUUUGAUAUUCACCACACAUCAUAUGUUAUGAUAAUUUGUAUCCUUGUGAGUAUCGCAAUCUCAGACAAAUUUAAUGUCUUUUGAACCACUCAUCUUUUUGAAGCAGUAACUGAAGCACACAUAUGAUGUUCAACAUAUUUGGUGAAUUCUAAGACUUUCUCAUAUAAUGUACAAUAACAGGGAUGUACUGUGCAAUCUACAUCAGAUAUGAAAUCUCAUCACAGCAAAUUUUUAAACCUUUGAAAUCCCCUUGCUUUAGUUUAUCCAUUAUCACAUCACCAGCAGAUAUGAAGCUUUGAACCCAUAUGUGAGCACUAACAGGGAUUCAGGUUUGCUAACCAUUAGCAUGUAACAUUGUUCAGGUUUUCAUAAUGUUUCACAAAUUACAUUUCAUAGUCAGAUAAAACCUUGACAUGACUUUUGUUUUUGACUAUACACACUCACACACACACACACACACACACACACACACACACACACACACACACACACACACACACACACACACACACACACACACACACACACACACACACACACACUAAAGGAAAAUUCAACAGAUAUAGACAUGGAGACAGGGACACAUGAGUGUAGCUUAGGUCCUGUGUACUACAACUAUGUAAAUACAAUUAGCACACACACACACACACACACACACACACACACACACACACAGUAUAGUGCUAUUUUAGAAAGAUGUACUAAUGGAAUCAUUUCAUGAAUUUAUGAUAAGAAGGUUUUGGUGUCAACUCAGCCUCAACACAUCAAAAAUAAGUGGUGGAGACUCAUCUGCCAUGUUAAUUUUUCUUUAGGGGGUUCCAAGAAAGCUUUCAUAAUAUAGUCAGCAAAUGCCAAUCCUGUGUUGCAGUGCCCCAUGCUGCAUGAGGAGCAUGUUUUACUUAAGGCCUCUGAGCAAGCAUAAAAAUUGGACUGGGACAAAUUGACAUUGGCAUCUCAAGUGCAUCUCUCCUUUUCAUUCACUCCCAAUGACCAGUAUUAAUUACAGUAUUCAUUGUGCCUUUGGUGACAUGUAAAUGGCUUUUUCUUGGACUGAAACACAUUAUGUUCUGUUCAUUUUGUAGUGUUUAUAGUGAUGGAUGCUUGGCAGACAAGUCACAGUGGUAUCAUUCCAUCAUAGAUCUUCACAUGUCAGGCUUGAAUGGUGUCCAUAUAACAAAACAUGUGAAUUAGAAAAGUGAGACUUCCAGAUUCUCAUACAAAAAUUCAUCAAGGCAGUGAGGAAUCAUCUUUUUACAGCCAUAGUGGUGGCAUCCCAACUGCUUCCCAUCAGCUACCAUGCUGUAAGAAUUGGAUUAGAGUCCAACUGCCUUUCUCGAGAAGCUAGAAGCCAUGGGGUAAAGAUAAAAGGAUGCCAGCACCAUGGUUGUGAAAAGACAAUUAUUCACUGCCUCCCUGAUGGAUUUUCAUAUGACAUUCUGGAAGUUUCGUGUUUUCAAAUUCACGUUUUGCAACACUGAUGUUAUUCAAGCCUGAUAUGUAAAGAUCUAUGAAGGAAUAAUAUCACCAUGACUGUCUGCCUUGCACUCAUCACUACAAACACCAUAACAUGAACAGAAGAUAAUGCAUUUCACCUCAAAAACAGAAAUGAUGACGUGUCACCAAAGACACAAUGAAUAUUGACGCUGGUAACCUGCUUAAUACAGGUCAUUGUUGCUAUGGUCAUGAGUGAGGAGGAAAGAUGCACUUGAUAUGCCAAUAAGUCAAAUUAUCCCAGCCCAAUUUAUGUGCUUGCUGGGAAGCCUUGAGUAAAACUUGCUCCUGAGCAGUGUGUGCUGCAGCAACGCAAGAUUGGCGUUUGCUGACUGUAGGUACACAUGACAUCAGUAGACUUUUUUGACAUAGAUAUGCCCAAGCAUCACUGAUCAUCAUCAUCAUCAUCAUCAUCAUCAUCAUUACGAGUACCAUCAUCAUCAUCAUUAUUACAAGAACCAUCAUCAUCAUUGUCAUCAUCAUUAUCAUCAUUAUCAUCAUCAUAUUCAUCACCAUCAUUAUAAUCACAUAAUUAUCUUAUGUAUGUCUUUCUGCAUUGUUGCAGUACCUUAAAUCAGUCAAAGUGUCAGUCACCUCUGGGAAGCUGUUUGCAAGAGAUGUCAUACAAAAACUGCCCAUUAGAUUUAUCAAUAUGCCAGACUGACAUCCCUGUGAAUGGAGUAGUCAAGGCAAGAAGCCCAAACACACACACACACACACACACACACACACACACACACACACACACACACACACACACACACACACACACACACACACACACACACACACACACACA